AUGCAUGCUUAUCAGGGUCGUUAGCUUAAGUCCUUAGGGAUUAAAAGAUUUAAUUUAAAUCAAAAUUCCUUUAAAUUCGGUGGGACGCGUCCGUUUCGUCGUUAGCUAACAUAUUUUUUUUUUGUCCUUAGGUGAUACGUGUCGGGGAGAGAUAGGUUGAAGGGUUUUGUUAUGGAAAAAUCAAAUUGGGAUCCAGAUCGACAUUUCGCGUCUCUCUCUUGUUCUCUCUGGCGGCGAUCGAAACGGAGAUUUUGCUCUCACCGUCGCAUCUCCUCCGUGACCGUUGUCCCGUCGACGAACCUCCUUCCAAGUCGUCUCCGUCGACGAAUCUCCUCCCACGUCGUCUCUUCUCGACCAAUCUCCUCCCAAGUCGUCUCCUCUCGACGGCACAUCUCCUUCGUCACCGUUGUCCAGAUCAACGAACCUCCUCCCAAGUCGUCUCCGUCGACGAUUCUCCUCCCACGUCGUCUCUUCUCGACGAAUCUCCUCCCAAGUCGUCUCCUCUCGACGGAUUUCAUCCCGAGGCAUCUCUCUGCGAUUGGAAGGUGAAAGGGUAUGUGUUCCUCCUCCUUCUGAUUUGCAUGUAUAUGGUUUAUGUUUUCGAUCUACUUUGGACGGGGUUUGCAUGUAUUUAGACUUACGGAACUGAAAUGAUUGAUUGUUGUUUAUAGAUUUAGGGAUGUCGUAUCAUAUAUGUGUGAAAGGGUAUGUGUGAUUGAUUGUUGUUUAUCUCAUGAAACUGAGAUGUUUGUUUACAUGUUUGCGAGGUUAUUAGGUGAGGUGAGGUUCGACCACCAGGAUUGUAUUAGCAAGGAGAUCGAAGAGAAACAACCAUUUCCUCCACAAUUUAAGUUCUCGGAUUACAAAUGGGUCUUGAUUACAGCUACUCACAACCUUCACAGGAUGAGACGUUUGGUGGGGCAGAGACGGACAGUGACUACAAUGAAGUCGAAUCUCUCAUUCAGCAAGACCAAGCUCAGUUACGCGAAGCUCUCAUUCACCAACAGGAAACUCUCGUUGAGCAAGACCAAGCCCCUGCGUUUGUGUACCCUCCGCAGCCGGAGGUUGAAUUCGGAUUUCCACAGAUCUGCUACUGUGGAAGUGAACCGAAGAUUGCUACGUCUAGCAUCGAACCAGGUCGCCGAUACUACACAUGUAGAAAUGCAAACGAUGGAGAGUGUCAUGUGUGGAAAUGGUGGGACGAGGCUGUAAUGGAGGAGAUGCGAGCUAGGGAUAGACACACACUUCAGUUAGCCGAGAAGGUAGAUUCUAUGACAUUCUUCAAUGACCACGUUAAUGAGCAGAAGCUCGUUAGAUUAGAGAACAUGGUGUGUGAGUUGGCCAAGAAUAAAUCAAAGUGUAGCGUAGAGUACUUAGUUGCGGUUAUGGUUAUGGUCUUUAUUUCCAUAGGUCUCAUCAUCGUAUUUGUCUAAUGUGUUUAUGGUUAUGGGAACUUCUUUGUAAUGACUUCUUAUUAUGUUUCUGAUGUUAUGGUUGUGGAACGUCUAAUGAACUUUUUUUUAUAAUAACUUUUUUGUAAUGACUCGUAAUAGUUUAUGGCUUUGAAACUCCUAUGCACGUUUUAAAUUCAGAAUAAGUGAACCUAAAAAGUAGUUGAAAAUGUCAUGAGCCAAACAUGUUGUGUACCUAAAAAGUAGUUGUAACAUUCACAAGACAAAUAAUGUACAAUCACAAGAUUGUAACUUUAUGAACCUAUAAAUGUGACGGAUAUUUUCGUUGAAAUUAUAACUUCUCUACUUCCUUCUUAUAUUAAAAAGAAAAUUACAACUCCUCUGCUUCCAACCUUAUAUUAAAAACAUUGCCUUUUUUUCAUUCAAAAUGGCUUCUUCUUCACAUUAUCAUUAUAACCAAAAUGACGAUGAUGAUGAUCCAUUUGAAAAUAUUUUUGAAGAUUUCUUAGAAAUCCCAGAUAUUCUUCCCAAACCGAGAGAGCGAAAAACACGUAUCUUUAUUGAGAGAAACCGGGAAGAAGGCCAGGACCACCUUUGGAAUGAUUAUUUCAGCGAGACUCCCACAUUCCCGCACAAUAUUUUUCGGAGACGGUUUCGAAUGAACAAGACAUUGUUCUUGCGUAUUGUGCAUCGUCUCGAGCAAGAAGUGGAUUAUUUUAGACCUUCACAAGAUGCAACCGGUCGGUCUAGCCUAACCGCCCUCCAAAAAUGUACCGCAGCUAUUCGUCAGUUGGCGUAUGGUGGUGGGGCUGACACCGUUGACGAAUAUGUCCGACUAGGUGAAACCACAGCUAGAAAAUGUUUGCACCAAUUUACCAACGCAAUCAUCCACUUAUUUGGUGAUGAAUACCUUAGAUCUCCUACUCCGGAGGAUCUGCAAAGACUACUUUAUAUCGGGGAACAACGUGGAUUUCCGGGAAUGGUUGGAAGCAUCGACUGUAUGCAUUGGGAGUGGAAGAAUUGCCCUGCUGCUUGGAAAGGAAUGUAUUCACGAGGAACCGGAAAACCGACAAUUGUGCUGGAGGCGGUUGCUGACUACGACCUUUGGAUAUGGCACGCGUUUUUUGGAGCACCAGGUACCAUGAACGAUCUUAAUAUUCUUGAUCGAUCACCUGUUUUUGAUGACGUUAUUAACGGAAUAGCACCACAAGUCAACUUCUAUGUUAAUGGUCAUCCAUACCAUUUGGCCUAUUAUCUCACUGAUGGGAUUUAUCCUGACUGGGCGACUUUUAUUCAAUCUAUCCGUCUACCACAAAGUGAGAAACAUUCGUUAUUUGCUAAAACCCAAGAAGCUGUUAGGAAAGAUGUGGAACGUGCCUUUGGAGUCCUGCAAGCUAGAUUUGCAGUCGUCAGAAAUCCAUCUAAUUUAUGGGAUAAACACAAAAUAGGAAAUAUUAUGAGAGCAUGUAUCAUCCUCCAUAAUAUGAUUGUCGAGGAUGAACGGGCAGAAAUGACACAAUAUGUGGUUCCUGGAUAUGAAGAAAGUGAAGAGGAAAGAUUUUCCGUCAAUAUGCCUUCGCCACUCGGUAAUACAAUGGAUCGUCGAACAAACGUUCGCAAUAGACAAGCCCAUCAUAAUUUAAAAAAUGAUUUGAUUGAAAAUAUUUGGACUAAAUUUGGGCAUCUUCCAAAUAAUAUGUAAUUUUUAUGUUUUUUGAAUUUAAUAAAAUGUUUGUUGUAAUUUUUUUUUUUAAUGUUAAACUUCUCUUUUAUGUUUUA